AUGCUCCGGUCAAAAGGCGCAGAAGACUCCAGACCUGCCGCCCAGCGAGAGGUGUCCCAUCUCCUCGGUACUCUUAGAGCGGAACAUCUUCGACAUGAAAGGAAUGUUCUCAGGCGAGCUAGGGCCCCUCUUCCUUCGAAGAUCAUACGCACUUUCAACGAUCCUUCUCUUCCGUUCUCCGAUAUCUAUGAUUAUACUGCCCCCGGACGACAGACUGGUGCUAUCGAAGAAGGGACGGGACCUGCGACCCCAAGGCCCAAUCGUCCGUACCCACACGACUACCCCGACGGCCCCGUUCCAGGUCCGCCCGUCCCGCGCAGCUGGAGCAGGCUCUUCAAACAGGACCAGAACAGGCCCAGCGCGCUCGCGUUCCGCCGUCAGGCCCUCUCCCUCGUCUUCUCGCACACCCCACGGACCUUCGGGUCCAGCGACGUCCCCGACAUCCGCGACGGGCUCACCGAGCCCGAGGCGUCAUCAGAUGGCGUCCCGCCGCUCACGCACCUCUGCCUCGGCGUGCUCCUCGCGGAGUGCGCGGACCCGGGCGAGUUCCGCAGCGUGCUCCUGCCCGCGCUCCCGCCGACGUUCCGGCGGGACGUGCUCCGGUACACGGCGGUGCACGCGCCGCUGCCGAACGCGAAGCUGUACGCGCUGUGCGCUCCCGUGGGCCACGCGGACGGGGAGCUCAUUGUGGUCGGGCCGCAGGCGAGCGUGCUGAACGUGGAGGAGGAAGAGGAGGAGGAGAAGGAAGACGAUGAUCAAGGUGCGGGGCCCUCCUCGAGCACGAGUGCGGCGGGGAUCAAUGCGGUCAACGAGAAGAGCGGACGGCAUGGACACGGCGACGACGAGCAAGAGGAUUCCUGGGAGGAGGAUGCGGGGUUGGUGGAGGACGAGCCUCCACCGCUACACACCCUUGUCAUCCUCAAUGCCGUCGUCUCGCACGCGGCGCUCCUUGCUUUCCCGCUCACUCUCACGCGUCUCGCGCUCGUCGCGUUGCCGAUCGCCACGCCCGUUCAUCGUCUGCCGCGCCUAUGCCCGCUGCUCGAGGUGCUCGAUCUAUCGUAUAACCCGUGGCUCAAUCUGCCGCCUUCUGGGGUGACAAUUACGACGACGGAAGCGACGUUAGAACUUAUAGACUGGGGCAAGUGGUCGCAUCUCCGGGUCCUAGGUUUGAGGGAGUGCAACGUGCCGAAGGAGGUUCUCAACAAGGUGAACAAGGGAAGGUGGCCGGGAGAGGAAGUUGAGGUGAUCGGCGUGGAGGAGUCUCCGGUUGGUACAAGCAUCAGUGUUGUAGAGGGAAUGAUGCAGAACCUACGUUUGGGCGACUGA